AUGGAAAAGACAACUACAUUACCAAAUGGUAUUGACACCCCCACAAGUGAAGGAAAACCUUGCAAUAGGAGCAAAAAGCAGAUUGAAUCUUUACUUUAUUCCUUAAAAAAGAACAUAAAAAACAAUUAUGAAUUAACGAACCGUGUAUACUACUUUUUUCCAACUGAUGAUAUACUAGAUCAGACUCUUUACAAUUUGUGUAAGUUCAUACCAAGGGGCAUGGAUAUACUGGAUACUGAUAAACCGAUUAAGGGGACAUAUGAUCCAGAUUUAUUUUCAGAAUUCAUUGAUUCUGACACCGAUACCUGGGAUAAUAAAAAUUUGUUGGGCGAUGAUAUAAAAAUAAUUGAACCCAUUCCUAAGAAAAAUGAAUUCCCAACUUCAACUACCAACUUGAGAACUAACAAGAUGAUAAAUCAAUCAUGUGUUGAAUGGAAAGGAUUUGUAAACGAAGCGAAUGGAUAUGCAGCAGUUAAAAUACUUAACCCUUUUGUUUCUCAAGAAUAUAGCACAUAUACAAAUAGGCUCGUAUAUUUCUUAUUUCAGAAAACAAAUUGUCUAUGUAUAGAAGAUUUUCUGAGAAUUCACAAAUUUGUUGGCAAAGUGACUCCUCUAUACAUGAAAUGCAAAAAUAAGUUAUGCGUUAAGUUAUCUCAUAUCGAUGUGACAAAUGAUCUAUAUCUUUAA